CAUCCAUCCCCCAGGGCGGUGUACGUGCACCGUCGUUGUUUCUCAGAGAAGUCGAGCACAUAUCCAGGUCUAACGUAUAAAAAUCUCGUCUCUAUUCCAUCGGUCCUGUUGUAUCUUCUUCUGGUUCGUUUUGAAACGCAAAAGCGAUCAACAGGAACAGUAAACACACCCGCGUAUGAGAAGUGACACUCAGUUGUUCACAGUACUACAAUGGCAGAAACACCGCAUCCAUCUGCGUCGACUACCACUCUACAGUCUACCACCACCAUCACGUCGACUUCGCCACUAAACCCGCUUGCCGCUCCAAAGAAAGACUACGCUGCUGCGUUUGGUUCUUUGCAGUCGAGAUAUGGAACGGGCGGUUAUGUUCCUAACCCCAAGCCCACCAAACCUAUGCCCACUUCUGCCUUCCCAGUGAAACCGGAAGGCGCAGCCGUGGCAUCGACUUCCACCCCCGAUCGUGGGGUAGACUCAGGCCGGAUGAAAAGUGGUCAGUCUGGUGAGAGCCAGAAAUCAAAGAAGAGGAAGUCGGUCCUCUCUUUAUUCAAACGAAAAUAGGACAGGACCCGUAAUCUCCUUUACGACGUUUACGAUUUUUUGUAUUUUCAUUUUUUUUUGUGGCAAGGAACUAACUACAUUGGAGGGACUACAAAUAUUCAAGGAGUAACGUCUAGGCUUGUAGUACAACGUUAUAUAUUGACGGAGACAGAACUUAAAUGUACCUAAUACGUGGGAAACUUUAUACAAGGCUCUCGCAAGAGGGUACUCCUCGAUG